CACCGCUUCACGAUGAACUCCUUGACACAGACCGUGCGAGAGGCGUUGAAGGUCAUGAGCAAAGCUCCCAAUUUUGACCGAGUGUGUGACAAGGUGAGUGUUGUCUCUGCUGCUCCUGGAAAAGUGGUUUGUGAAAUGAAAGUGGAAGAGCAGCAUACCAACAAAAUGGGCACUCUCCACGGCGGCUUGACUGCCACCUUGGUGGACCUCAUCUCCACAGUGGCUCUCAUGUUCUCAGAGAGAGGCUUACCUGGCGUCAGCGUUGACAUGAACAUAACGUACAUGGCACCUGCAAAAAUAGGAGAAGAUAUACUGAUCUCAGCACACAUUCUGAAGCAGGGGAGAACACUUGCAUUCGCCUCAGUGGAUCUGACCAGCAAAGCCACAGGAAAAUUAAUAGCUCAAGGCAGGCACACAAAGCACCUGGGAAACUAAGAAAAUAGCCUUCAACCUCAAGUGUGAACUUGACUUGAGCAAAUGUGAUUUCUAAAAUAAAACACCACAACCUCAAG